UGGCAGUGCUGCUGUGGAGCGGUGUGUAGAGGAGUUUCAGCGCUGUGGGUCAGUGCGGGACACCGAGCGGCGGUUUAAGAGGAGGUUUUCAGAGGAAAAACAACAAAGUUAACCAUGUUAAAUCAGGUUCUUUUAGGUUUUAAUGCGGAUUAACUGAUCCGGAGCAGGAGAGAGGAGUUUUAUUGCGGUGUAAAAGUUUGUGCUGAAGUUUGAGCGGCGCUGUGGAGCUCAGGUGAGCAGCUCUCCUGAGGACUGACUGUGAUUUAUUUACUCUACCGGACACCGGGAUCACCAAACCCCGACUAAAUCGUGACCAAACCCGGACUCAACACCGACCAAACCUGGACUAAACACUCUGGACCUUCUGGAGCUCUACAACUACCUCUGUGUGGAUUUACUGUAAAUGUGAAGCUCCGUGUAAGAGUGUGUGUGAAAGGGAGAAGGAGACUGUGUGUGUGUGUUUGUGUGUGUGUGUGUGUGUGUGUGUGUGUGUGUGUGUGUGAGUGAGUGUGUGAGAGAUGUGUGUGAGAGAUGGGGCUGUGUUUCAGCUCCGAGGUGACAGAAGAAGGGAAGAAGGCGAAGAUUCAGAGCGCGCAGAUAGAUAGAGAACUGUACCAACACGCCAAGAGAGAGAUGAACAUAGUGAAGAUCCUGCUGCUGGGAGCUGCUGAGAGUGGUAAAAGUACUCUGGUGAAGCAGAUGAAGAUCAUCCACAGCCACGGCUUCAACCAGCAGGAGCUGGCCAGCUUUAAGUUGGCUGUUUUGGACAAUCUUCUAAACUCAAUGAAGUUUGUUCUGCACGGGAUGGGCGUCCUCCGUAUCAACCUGGCCAACAACAAGAACAAGGUCCAUGCUCACUCUGUGCUCUCGUGUGGGCGGUGCUUUGAUGAAGAACAGGUGCUGUUUCCGUUUGUUGGCCACGCCCUCUGCUGUCUGUGGGCGGAUCAGGGGGUGCGGUCAGCGGCUGCCCGCGGAUACGAGUACGAGCUUAAUGACUCUGCGCUUUAUUUCUUUGAAAACAUGCCCCGGAUUGUGGCUGCAGACUACGUUCCUACGGAGAUGGAUGUGCUGAGGGUCAGAAUAAGGACCACCGGGGUCAUCGAAACCCAGUUUAAAGUCAAACAUCUGGUCUUCAGGCUGUACGAUGUUGGAGGGCAGAGAACGGAGAGGAGGAAGUGGAUUAGUUGUUUCGAGGACGUCAGGGCGGUGCUGUUUGUUGUGGCUCUGAGCGGGUACGACAUGACCCUGGUGGAGGACCCUUCUAUGAAUCGGCUGCAGGAGAGUCUGAAACUUUUUUCCUCCAUCUGCAACAACGUCUUUUUCAGGAGCACCUCUAUGAUUUUAUUUAUGAACAAGAUCGAUCUGUUCCAGGAGAAGAUCCUGCACUCCGGCCGACACCUGAGACACUACCUGCCCCUCUAUAAAGGUCCUGAUUGUGAUGUGGACUCGGCGGCUCGUUUCAUUGCCUCCAUGUUCGUAUCUCAGAACGCCACGCCCACUAAACUCAUCUACCAUCACUUCACCACGGCAACCGACACCUCCAACGUCCAGGUGGUCUUCCAGGUGGUGAUGGACACCAUCAUCAGAGAGAACCUGGAGGCCGUGUCUUUACUGUGAGCUGAGCUUCAGCAGGAGGAAGAGGACUGCUGUGGUCAGUGAAGAGCCUCAGCUGAUCAGAACUGGAUCAGGACCGGUUCCCAAACUGGUUCCUGAACUGGAGCAGAACUGGUUCCCGAACUGGAGCAGAACUGGUUCCCGAACUGGAUCAGAACAUGUGCAGAACAGGUGCAGAACUGGAGCAAAACUGGAUCAGAACUGGUGCAGAACUGGAUCAGAACUGGUUCCCGAACUGGAUCAGAACUAGUUCCCGAACUGGUUCCCAAACUGGAUCAGAACUGGUUCCCGAACUGGUUCCCGAACUGAUUCCUGAACUGGAUCAGAACUGGAUCAGAACUGGUUCCUGAACUGGAUCAGAACUGGAUCAGAACUGUAGAAGCUGCAGUGAUGCUGCACUCUGUGUUCACACUGUGUUCCAUUUCAUUUUGAACUCAAUUUGCUGUGAUCUGAAGUUCGAUUUGGUUUUCUGUGAACAAUCAAACUGAAUCUGAAACACUUUAAACAAGUUUUAUUUUUAUUUAGUUACUGUUUAAAUCUGCUUUAUUACACAGCCUGUAAAAAUAUGCCUGAGCUUUAAUGAACGAGUGACGAUGCUAAUCAAUCAAUAUUUAUUUACAUUACGGGAAACUAUCACGUUACUAACAGGUUUACACAAUUACACUACUGUUUAAAAUGAAUAAUUAGUGAAAACAUAUUAAAAUACAUAAGAAAACUCAUUUAGUUUCAAAUAAAUAAUUCUUUCCAACAAAUAAUUAUGAAUCAACCAUAUCUCUCUCUUUCUUUUAGAGAAAAGUUAUUUUCUUUACUAUUAGAAUUUUUUUUUACCUUAUAAGUGCCUUUAUGAGUAAAGAUAUAUAACUUAAAUGAAGCUCAGUUUAGUUUUUAGUUUUACUGUAAACUAAAUCUAAGUUGUCUAAAAAAAGAUAAACUAAUUCAUUCCAAAAUGAAGAAAAUGUUGACCUAUGUUAAUUUGUUGGAAGGGCUAUAAUAUAAAAUCACUCGAUUCUUGUUCUUUUCUGAGAAUCAUUUAGACUUUUAUAUGCUUUCUUAGAAGCAUUUAGUCUUAUAUUCCUGUUUAGGUUAAUAUCCAGUAUGAAGUUUUAAUAAAAUGUAUAUUCAUUAUGAAGGUUUAAUAACACUAAUAUCCAGUAUGAAGUUCUAAUAACACUAAUAUCCAGAAUGAGGUUCUCAUUACUUUAAUAUCCAGUAUGUAUUUCUAAUGACUUUCAUAUCCAGUGUGAAGUUAUAAUAACAUUAUUAUCUAGAAUGACGUUAUACUAACUUUAAUAUCCAGUAUUAAGAUCUGAUAUUGUCAAUAUGAUAUUAAUUAAUUUGGCUAAAAUCAAAUCCCAUAUUUAUUCUGGUUAGGAAAUUAUUUUUUUGUAUUAAUUUAGGCUAUAAUGACAUGUAUCAUAAUUUGAUUACAAAUUCAUCCUGGAUAAGAAUAUUCGGUAAUUGCAGAUUCAUAUUGAAUAGUAAAUUAAUAAAAAAUUAAUCUGUCUAUUCAUUUGUUUAUGAAUUAACUCCGGAUGGUAAGUUAAUUUCAAACUCAUUGAUUACAAAUUAAUUUGUGUGAUAAUUUAAUUAAAGUUGUAGAAUCUUACUAGAUUGAUUUUGUUAAUUUAUGUGGAACUAAGUGAGUUAUUAAUUAUUAUAUUACUGAAAACACACUUUUAAACAGUAGUGUGAACAGAGAUAGUGAAGAACGUAGCCAUACGGCUGCGUGUGUGUGUGCGUGUGUGUGCGUGUGCGUGCAGCAGGUGCAGGAGUGUGUUUGUCGGGGGUUAAUAUUUGCUUAAGUGUGUUUGAGCUGCAGGUUAGUGAUGGACUGACACACACACACACACACCCACUUACUGGAACAUGUUUACAACACACACACACUGUGAUAGUGUGUUGUUUAUAUUACAGGAGUGUAUUUUCUUUGCUGCACUUCAGUGCUUUAUAGUUUUUUUUUACUUUCAAUAUUUGCUUCUUUUUAAAUUCAGAUUUGAAUCAGAAUUGCUGUGCAGAAUGUGUACCAGUCAGUCACACACACACAAACACACACACACACACACAUACAUACAUAGACACAUGCAUAUAUUCACACACAGUAUAUUGUGCCUUGUUUUUCUUUGUAUUCUUAAUGCGUGUAAAUAGUUGUAUUAUUAAGAACCAGAAUUGUUUUACUUGUAUGAACCCAGUGUGAACAGAAUUGUGAACAGAAGUGAUUUCUUUUGGUAUUAUUAUUUUUAUAUUUGUUGUUUUGUUUGUUUGUUUGUUUAUAUGUUUAUGUCAAUUCACAAACAAUCACUUAUGCUGGAACUUAGUCUUUAGUUUAAGUCAAAAAGAGACUAUAUGACUGAACUGGCACAUUUUCCUUUCGUCAGACCAGGUCAGGUGUGAACAGAAGUGUGAACAGAUUUGAAUUAUUUUCCUUUUCUGAUAUGUGAACAUUCAAACAGUGUGUAUACAGUAAAUGUAGUGAAACACUGCAACCACAACUAUGCAAGAUCAAAAAUGUGAUUUAUUCUGACAAUCCAGAUUAUAUAUUUUUUUCCCGUUGUUGAGUGAGUGUAAACAGAACCAAUUCACAUUAUUUUCCACUUUAUUGUUUUUUUUUCUUUUCUCCCAACUGAAAAUGCACAAAAUCGCAAUCAGGUUUACGAAAUAAAACACAGAGAACUUUA